CGCCCGAGAGCGAGCAGCGGGAGCCGCCGGCAGCGCGCGCCCGCCGCGCAGGAGCCGCCGAAGAUGCCCCAGCGCAGCCUGCACGCGGCCGCCGUCCUCCUGCUCUUGAUCUUAAAGGAACAGCCUUCCAGCCCAGCCCCAGUCAACGGAUCCAAGUGGACCUAUAUUGGUCCCGAUGGGGAGAAGAGCUGGUCCAAGAAGUACCCGUCAUGUGGGGGUCUGUUGCAGUCCCCAAUAGACCUGCACAGUGACAUCCUCCAGUACGAUGCCAGCCUUGUGCCCCUUGAGUUCCAAGGCUACAAUGUGUCUGCCAACGAGCAAUUUACCCUGACCAACAAUGGCCAUUCAGUGAAGAUGAACCUGCCCCCGGGCAUGCACAUCCAGGGCCUCCAGUCCCGCUACAGUGCCACGCAGCUGCACCUUCACUGGGGGGACCAGAAUGACCCCCAUGGCUCCGAGCACACGGUUGGUGGGGAGCACUUCGCCGCUGAGCUGCACAUUGUCCAUUAUAACUCGGACCUGUACCCUGAUGUCAAAACUGCCAGUAACAAGUCAGAAGGCCUCGCCGUCCUAGCUGUUCUCAUAGAGAUGGGCUCCUUCAAUCCAUCAUACGACAAGAUCUUCAGUCACCUUCAGGAUGUAAAGUACAAAGGUCAAGAAGUGGUCAUUCCAGGUUUCAACGUUGAAGAGCUACUUCCUGAGAGGCCUAAUGAGUACUACCGCUACAAAGGGUCCCUCACCACACCUCCUUGCCACCCUACUGUGCUCUGGACGGUUUUCCGGAACCCUGUGCAAAUUUCCCAGGAGCAGCUGCUGGAUUUGGAGACAGCGCUGUACUGCACACAGGUGGAUGACCCAUCCCCCAGAGAAAUGGUCAAAAACUUCCGGCAGGUCCAGAAGUUUGAUGAGAGGCUGGUGUAUGUCUCCUUCCGACAAGUGCAAGACCUUACCUCCACAGGACUGAGUCUGGGCAUUAUUCUUUGGGUGGUCCUGGCUGGUGUUCUUGGCAUCUGUGUUGUCCUGGCAGUGUCCAUUUGGCUUUUCAAAAGGAGAAAGAGUAGCGAAAGGGGUGACGACAACAAAGGAGUCAUUUACAAACCAGCCAUCAAGACGGAGACUGAGGCCGAUGCCUGAGGCCCAGGCACUCGCAGGCACGUCCAAGGAAGAACUUUGCUUUGGACGCUACACACUGUGGCUCCCUGGACAUUUGCAACACCAGAGGCUUCUAUGGAGCUCAACCCACAAAUACCCUAGACCCUUGAGGGGACUCUAGCUGGGUGUGCUGCCAUCCUGAUGCCACAGCCACCCCAGUGUGAUCCAUGGGUGAGAAGACCUCGCCCAGGAGGUGGGAACUCGGAGCUGUCUACGUCAUCUGUGUGAGACCAUUAAGUGGUCUGGAUUCUGGGGGCACAAACCAAGACACCUGCUGGGAACUGUUAUUGGUUGGAAAACACUUUCAUCCAGGGGUUCACGGAAGUGUGGUUUCAAGUGUCCUGGAAAUUCUGCUUCUUGUCCAAGUUUUCAGACCAGAAUGUGCACUCUCUGCUUAGGUUUUGCUUUUGAGAUUCAGUUUCUUUCCUCAGGGAAGGGGUUGUUGUCUCCCUCUGAUUUCUUUCUGCUAUGACAAAACCUUUAGUCUGACCUUACAACUGAGGGGGAAGAUUUGAUACAGGAAGGGUCAAGGUGUCACAAAGAAAAAGAAAACAAGAGAUGUACUUUGAACUAUAUCAGAGGCAUUUUCAAAGUCCUGUCCUUUGGAUCAGAGGCACUGAUGGACCUUAGAGAGAGAAUGAAAAGACACGUAAGGUCUGGAAGAGGCUCAGUUUGGAAUCAGAAUUGGAAUCAGAAGUUGUUUGUCAAGCCAUGUGAGAAGAAAAGAAUAUUAAGCCAAAACCUAACCUCCUGUCAGCAGGGCAGUUAUGUUUUGUACCCUACAGAUUUUAUAAAUAAUUAGGCUGUUCCUUGAAAAUGUAUUGUUGCUUUCUCUUUCCUCGAGUAGACAUGAGUUCUGAGAUGACUCAAACUGCUUUUGAAUCUAGAAGAACUAGGCAGAAGAAAAAUGACUGAAGAGCUUUGUCUCUUUUGCCCAAUUCAUUUCUGCCCCCUUUGCAGUGUCCCUACUGUCAACCUGGAAUUGGAACUCACCUACUUCUCUGACUUUGAAGAUGUCGAGUCAAGGCUUAGUUAAAGUAUAUUUUCAAGCUAUAAAAGCAGGAAGUUAUCUGUGCAGGGGCUGGCAUCAUGGUAUUUAGGAACCAAUAAUAAUAGAAUGUUACAAAGAUUCUUCACGGUCUUCCCCUCAAGUCACAAAGAAGUUUCUGAGAAGACUUAACUCCUUCUUCAUUCUCCUCUCAUAGAUGUGAGAGCCCCAUGGAGAUCAGUUAGUCCCAGGCCUGAGAAGGAGCCUCCUCCACCAGCCUCUCAGGUCUAGCACCUCAAAGUUCACAGAGAACUUUCCGAUUCAGUCUCAUUUUGACAGCACAGAAUGUCCUCUUGAAGCAUAAGUUUCUUUAUAAUAUCUUUUUCCUUCUCCUUUUCCCUCUGACUCUGAGAAGUCUUCUCCCUUCUCCACUGUAACAACGUUUUGUAGUGAUGGCAAGCCCUAUGUCUUUGUAGCUUGUUAGGCAGAGCUACAAAUGACCUAAUGGAGACUGGACACGUGUGU